CCGGAGAGAGAACCCGACCAGACUUGUCAUCUUCACUUGCAGCUCGCAUCCACAUCGCCGCCCCACCUCCUCCGAGCUCCUCAGAUCUCGCCGCCGGCCGCCGCCCGCAGCUAUGGGCUCCGCCCACUCCUCCCACUCCUCGGUGUCCACGGCCGCCGACCUCGACGACGAGGAGGAGGACGAGCCCUCGGCCGUAUCCGCCGGGGCGCCCGUGGCCCCGCCUCCCCCCGCGCCCGCGCCGGCUCCCCCGGCGUCGGCGUCGGACUCCAAGGUGCUCGAGCAGGAGCCCGAGGUGCUCCCCUGCCGCGCCGCCGACUCGCCGCUCUCGCCGCAGCCCUCCGCCGCGGGCACCCCGCGCCUGCUCGGCGGGCCCACCAUCAAGGUCUGGGACCCUUGCCACGUGCUCCUCCCCCCGCCGUCGCCGCAGCACCACCACCACCACCACCAUCCGUCUCACGGGCGGGCCGAGAGCCCGGCGCUGGAGGUGGUCGUCGUCAGCCACGGGGAGUGCGCCGCCGCGAUGCGCCCCGACCUCGUCGGCGGGCGGUGGCCGGCCGCGGCCCUCACGGCGCGCGGGGAGAGGCAGGCGCGCGCGCUGGCCGUGUUCCUGCGCUCCCGCGGCGCGCGGCUGGCCGCCGCGUACGCGUCGCCGCUGGACCGCGCCCGCACCACGGCCGCGCUCGUCUGUCGGGAACUUGAAUUUCCAGAGGAGCAGAUUCAAGUAUCAGAUGCUCUGACUGAAAUGAGUCAAGGUCAGUGGGAAGGCUGCCCGAAGUCAGAAAUAUAUACUCCAGAGAUGGUCAACCUGAUGGACAGCACUCAGCCAGAUUUCUCAGCACCUGCUGGUGAAUCUCUUAGGCAAGUGCAGUUUCGGAUGAUGGAAUUCCUCAACCAGACAAUCGUACGGUUACCAGAAAAGGUGGCAAUGGGGGAUACACUAUCACAACAAAAUGAUACAAAGGGGUUAUCUCGACAAAGUUCCACCAAUUCUGUUCAAGAUGGCCCCCCUUGGGAUUUGCUUUACAGGCUCAAUCGCCAUGGCCUCCAAAGGAAAAAAUCUGGGAAAAGCCGUCUUCAGUUUGUCACUUCAGGCGACAAUGAGACUGAGGACGAGUUCUCACCGAAAGAAAUAAAUCAAAGGCAUACCCUUCAUGAAGCAAAUCUAGCCCAGCCCUCAGUAACCUCCAUUGCAAUCUUCAGUCAUGCAGCUCCCAUUCGAUGCCUCGUUGCUGGCGUGCUGGAUUGCAAUCCUAUGAUAUCCCAGAGAAUUUGCAUUGAAGAUUCCUCCAUUACAGUUCUUGAGCAUUCACUAAAAACUGGAUGGCAGAUAAAGAGGCUGAAUGAUAGUGCUCAUCUCAGACUUCUCUAGCAGCAAGCUGCUGUGCUAUGCUGUUCGGGAGGAAUGCAGGUCAUCCCUUUGCGCAUUGUACAGAUCAUGUUCAUGUUCCUCAAAUCAUAUGCCAACCAUUUACACCUGCGCGGCCGUCGAAAGUGGGAAUCUUCUGGUUGUAUUUCAUUUGUAUUUAUUGGCAUAUCUAAAUGCCAGGAAGCUCUGGCCUGUGAUUGUGUUGUAUUGUAUUUGUUAUUAUUCAUUUUUCUUGAGCUAUAUUAUUUGGUCAAGUGUAAUUUCCAUGUAAGGGGGAUACAGUUUUUGAUGUAUUCUUUUUUCUGAUCAUUCUGCAUUGUGAUAUCUGUGGUCCUUCGAUCUGUGAAUCUGUGAUCGAUUAGAUUUAUCAGAAAUUCUUGGGGGUAUUUAUCUACAAUGGCUUAAGCAGGGAUAG